AUGAAGCAAUCACCAGCACAGCUUCUUACUGUCCUUACAGCUUUCCUUACCGUAACCGAGGCAGUCAGCCUUCCGCCGCGAGACAAAGGAACCUGCAAGCAGACCAAGGUUGCCAUUCUCGGAGCUGGUGUUGCUGGUAUCGCUGCAGCCCAGAACUUGACGCAAGCGAAAAUCACCGAUUUCCUUAUUGUUGAGCACAAUAGCUAUAUCGGAGGUCGCCUACGAAGUCAGAAAUUUGGCAACAACCCCAAAACCGGCAAGCCAUACACUAUCGAACUGGGUGCAAACUGGGUUGAAGGUAUUGGGUCGCUCGAGACGCACGAGAAUCCCAUUUGGGGAUUGGCACAGAAGCACGGUUUAAAGACAACUUACGCCGAUUACGAUGCCCUCGCGACGUUUGACCACAAGGGCGCCAAAAACUGGACCGACAAAAUCGCCGAGCUAGACGCCGCUUUUGAGAAUGCGUCAGCCGACUCCGGCCGCAUCUUGCUGGAUAACCUCCAGGAUUUAUCGGCUCGCGCUGGUCUUCGUACUGGAGGCUGGAGACCCGACAAGAACGACAUGUAUGCUCAGGCAGCGGAUUGGUGGGGAUGGGACUUUGAGGCUGCUUGGACGCCUGAUGAGAGUGGUCUUGUUUUUGGCGUCGCUGGAGACAAUGCCACCUUCGGCUAUUUUAGCGAUGUCAGCAACCUAGUUAUCGACCAGCGCGGUUAUAACUACUUCCUCAAGCAGGAAGCCAAGACUUUCCUCAAGGAGAACGAUCCGCGACUGCUCCUCAAGACUACUGUUGAGAGUAUCGAGUACAGCAAGAAGGGCGUCAAGGUCGUGACCAAGGAUGGCGGCUGCAUAGAGGCUAGCUAUGCUAUCUGUACCUUCUCUCUCGGUGUGUUGCAGAAGGGGGUCGUUGAGUUCAAACCAGAGCUGCCUCACUGGAAGCAGAGUGCUAUUGACCAAUUUGCGAUGGGCACAUACACCAAGAUCUUCAUGCAAUUCAACGAGUCAUUCUGGGACACUGAUGCUCAGUAUCAGCUCUACGCCGAUCCCAUUGAGCGUGGGCGUUAUCCUCUGUUUCAGCCGCUAAAUGGUAAGGGUUUCCUUGAGGGAUCCAACAUCAUCUUCGCGACAGUCACUGGCGAGCAGGCCUAUCAGGUCGAGCGACAAACGAACGAGGAAACUGAAGCGCAGGUUGUGGAGGUUCUACAGUCUAUGUACCCUGACAAGAAGGUUCAUAAGCCUACAGCGUUCACGUACCCACGCUGGAGCACCGAACCCUGGGCGUAUGGAUCCUAUAGCAACUGGCCUGUAGGCAUGACUCUUGAGAAGCACCAGAACAUACGUGCCAACCUGGAGCGCCUCUGGUUUGCCGGCGAGGCUAAUUCGGCCGAGUUCUUCGGCUUUGUCCACGGUGGAUAUACCGAGGGCCGCGAGAUUGGUCACAGAAUUGGUAGGAUUAUCAAUGGAGAGGCCGGUGAUGAUGAGUUUGAUAUGGAGAGGUACGAGGUGCUGCAUGGAACUACUCACGAGGACGAGUAUAACGAUGAGAACGGGUGGUUGUUUCCUUACGAUGUUAAUGGUGACAACUGA